AUAACGUCAUGGCGACUUGCGAAACAACUUGUAUUUCUCCAACCAAAGAGCAUCGCAUCGCGGACAUGGCCGACAUCACGGACCAAGAUAAAAAAAAUAAAAUCAAGAAAUUCCGCAUUUGACAUUGCUUUUGGGGGACGUCAAUCCACCUCAUUGACGUUUCUUAUUGGUACAUAGGCUACCUAGGGACAUGUAUUCCGUAUUGCUACACCUAUUUCCCCUCUUUGUUUGCAUAGUUUAACGACCUCAUCGCAAUCAACUUAUCCAUUCCCUAUAACCAGCCAUAAUCAUACACACAAGGUUCGACUAUCUCGAGGCCGGGACGACACUUCCAAAAUAUCAGUACCUUGAUGAUUGCGCAAUAAACCGAUUAUGGGAAGGUUCAAUUGGAGGAAUCUCCUAGGAUGGGAUCGUCACCCGUCGAACGGCCAUCGCGACUGGUCAUUUCAUGACUCUCGUCGUCGACUCCUCCCCGUUCAUCGAGACGACUCAGUCGAAUCUGCCAUUCCCGCUCCAGAAGUUACCAAAGUUGCCCUCCGCCUCCGAUACCUUAUCGAACAGUGCGUACCAUGCGAACUAGAGCAGUUGCAAAUUACCCAAUCCCAUAGCAAGAUAAUUACACCUAAAGUCAUUAAAGCUGCAAAAGAAGCCGGCGGAUCGGAGAAUGGCUCAUGUGUAGUAUUCUGCCUCUUAGUUGUCAAACGUUGGUUUAAACAUCAAGCUGUGGUCGAGCUUUGGGAUGCGGACCUGCACCAAGUCCGGGCUGUCGCUUGCGAGGUUAUAGCGAAGCAGAUAAUCGAGUCUGAGGAUGAUAUACCUUAUCUACUACAGUCUGUUCUGCUUAAGCGCUACUCCAUCGUCGUCGACGGCGAAGAGACCCCACCUGUUAACGUUAUCGAGAAAGCUGUCGAUCUUCAUGCCCUGCGUGUAAUUGCUUCUUCGGGCUACCAGAAAUGUAUCAACUAUCUUUGGAGAGGUUGGCUCGUUCAGGAUGAGAAUGAUCCCGCGAGCUUUGUCGACUACAAGAAUCGUGACAAUACUACAUUCAUACCUCAUUUGGAUCCCGACCGCAUGCGAGCGCCCAUGUAUCAAAACGCCUUUCAACUAAUCAUUUCGUUCGUUUACUUGGCUCUCUACACUGGUGCGAUCAACACCAUUAACCCUGAUGGUGAUCUGGACUUUGUUGAGAUCUUACUCUACGUCUUCACCUUUGGCUUCCUCUUUGAUGAAUUAGCCAAGUUCUAUAAAGCUGGAUACCAUAUUUUCAGCUUCUGGAACGCAUUCAACAAUGCCUUAUACUCGCUACUGAUGGUUUCGCUCGCUAUGCGCAUAGUCGCCUUUACCCACUCACCAGAUGACGAUUCCCGCCAGAAAUUCAACCAGCUUUCGUAUAACUUCCUCGCGUUUACGGCGCCUAUGUUCUGGAUCCGCCUUCUCCUCUAUAUGGAUUCAUUUCGCUUCUUCGGAGCGAUGCUUGUCGUGCUAAAGGUGAUGAUGAAAGAAAGCCUCAUCUUCUUCGCUUUGCUAAUUGUUGUCGUUAUCGGUUUCUUGCAAGCUUUUAUUGGCAUGGAUUAUGCAGACGACAUGGCAGGAGAGGAUACGAUUUUCAUCCUGCAAGCUAUGGCCAAUGCCAUCAUGCAAAGCCCAGAUUUCAGCGGGUUUGAACGUUUUAGCCCACCGUUUGGAAUCAUUCUCUACUAUCUCUUUACAUUCGUCGUCAUGGUCAUCUUGCUAAACGUAUUAAUUGCACUUUACAACAGUGCUUACGAGGAUAUUUACGACAACGCUGACGAUGAAUUUCUGGCGCUCUUUUCUCAGAAGACCAUGCAGUUCGUGCGUGCGCCGGACGAGAACGUUUUUAUCGCCCCGUUCAACUUGAUCGAAAUAUUCCUCUUAAUCAUUCCUUUCGAGUGGUGGAUGCCCAAGAAGCAAUACGAACGCCUUAAUGACAUUGUAAUGGGAGUAAUAUACUCCCCCUUGCUCUUGUGCUCUGCCUUAUUUGAAGUUAGGGCAGCGAAGGACAUCCGUCGAAAUAGGAGGAGGGGCGAGGAAGACGAUGAUACUGAAGAGGAAUGGGAACAGAUGGCAAACGAGAUUGACUUUGAAAGCGAGGGCUGGGCAAAGAAGGUUGCUAGUAGUAAAUCUAAUGUCGAGGAGGAUCCUACCAUGUUAGAGGUCAAGAAGCUGAGAGAGGACGUCGAGCAACUCAAAACAUUACUAGAAAAGGUUGGUAAGAACAUCAAUGAGAAGGUUGGAGGUGAUGGUUUACUUUAAUAUCUAAUACCCUCGACAAGGACAGUCUACUUAGAUGGCGAGCGUAAUGAGUUGUAGCUUUAUUUGAAAAUCUAUAUUGAUAUUAG